AUGGCGGAUCCAGCUGCGGUUUCUGAUGUGCCUCCUGUGGAAGAACCCGAAGCGCCUACCGAGCCAGAGCCCGCUCCAGAACCUCUAGCAGAGCCGCCUGCUAACCCAGCACCCGAAGAGGCUGCCCCAUCCACUCCUAAGCCUGUUGUUGAACCAGAACCAGAACCAGAAUCGCAAGCGGAGCCCGAGGCAGCACCUGAGAAGGCACCAGAGCCUGUAGUCGAAGCUCUGCCUGAGCCAACAGACGAGCCCAUAUCCAAGAACCCACCUGAGCCUGCUGCCGAGCUGGCGCCCGAACCUGCUCCCGAAGAACCAGUCGCAGAGCCGCCAGCCGGAGAGUCUGAAGCUGCACCUGCUCCGGUUCAACGUUCCAUGGAUCCUGAAAGGGAACCAGAGCCAGAGUCUGAAAGUGUUCCAGAAGAAUCGCCAGUAGAGCCGUCAGCUGAAGAACUGCCAACGGAACCUCGAACCUCAGAACCUGAAGCUACACCUGCUCCGUUGCAACGUUCUGUCGACCCUGAGCCUGAGCUACAUACUGAACCUGAAGCUGUUCCUGAAGAACCUCCAGCUGAAGUACCUGAAACAGAAUCCCCAAUCGAACCUUCACCAGCAGUACCCGAAGCGGUUCCACCAGCAGAGCCUGAGCCUACAGCAGAGCCAACGUUGCAAGUGCCAGCUAUAGCACCUGUCGAAACCGAACCUAUAGAACCCGCGCCAGCAAGUGAGCAAGUGCCUGAGCCUGCCGCUGCUCCUGAAGCUGAGGCCGAGGCUGAAUCUACACCUGUGCCUGUCACGAGGGUAGCCGAAGCAGAAGAAGGCGCUGGGGCAGUAACUGAGCCUGAAACCGUGGCAGAAGAACCCGAGCCAGCACCGGCUACUGAGCCUGGAGUUGCCCCUGAUUCCGGAGCAGCAGAGCCAGGAGCACCUACCGAACCUGCACCCGAACCAGAAGCCGCGCCUGCAUACACAGCUGCAGAGACAGAGGACGUGCCAACUACAUCUCCAGAAGCUCUUGCACCUGAACCCACACCAUCUGUAGCAGAAACAGAAGCACCAGCUCCUUCUGUGGCAACGACGACUGCAAAAACUCGCAAGCGCGACAAGGUCAAGCUACUUGCAGCUAUGCGUGCACCACCCGAGUCUGUUCCUAUCAUGGUGCUUCUCCGCCAGAAGAAGAAGGCUGGUGAGGAUGUCAAGGCUAUAGCAGACGCUAUGCUUGCAGCUGCAGGAUCGUGA